AUGGUUAUAGAACGGUGGUCUUCCUUCCCCCCGGAGAACUUUCUCCAGAAUAUGAGCCUUUGGAUUCGGAUCAGACAUAUUCCAGCUGAUUUCUUCACUGUUAAAACAAUGUUUAGACUGGCUUCGGAAAUUGGAGAAGUGGAGGAGAUUGCCUAUGACCCUGAGGUAUCUCAUACGAAGGACUACAUCAGAGCGCAAGGGAUAUUUGAUACCACUAAGCCACUGAAAGCAACACGGAAGCUGAGCACACCUGGAAAGGUGGUCACUAUUGAGUUUGAAUACGAGAAGAUACACAAAAGAUGCUUUCAUUGCCUGCGUCUAACACAUGAAAAGAUCCGAUGUCCUAUGCUGAGGAAAGGUGCUCAGACUGAACGGAGAGUGCUCCCUGAUCCUGUAGAGGAAGUGGCGAUAGCCCAGAGCAAGCGUAAUGCGACACGUCCAGUUGAGAUCUUGGAGGGGCCACCUGGUUUUCCACCCUUGUUCCCGGAGCUAUCUAAACAAGACUUGAAAAUGGCUAUGCAGUACAUCUCAAACUCUGAUCCAACAGAGAGAAUGGCCAGGAUUGAAAGGGUUCGGCAAGGAAUUGAAGACAACAAAACAGAGGCCUCAGUGCGACUUACAAGAAUCUCGGGUGAUUUGGAUAAAGGAAAAGGCCAUGUUUUUAGUUACACGGAACCAUCUUUCUCUCAGCUGCUGCAACGACAGACUGACAAUGCCCUGAUGAUCUCUGGCAUACCAACAACCUCUCGUGGAGAAGAACAAGAGACAUCAUCUUCAUACUCUUCGGCUCUAUCUGCUCCAACCUUGACUUCGACGGGUUUUCAGCUUGGCCCCUCGCUGGAGGGGCGAGCCUCCGGAAGCCUGAGUCAGAAAAAAACAAUGCGCCGACGGCCCACCUCCUGGAAAAGGAAAGUGACUCCGAAAGCCAGUGCUGCAACAGAGGACCAAGUGGGCACAUCUCACGCAUCUUCUCAACGCAACACGAAAAGGAAAUCUACUUCUCCUUUGCUCGCUUCAGACAAUAAAAACCUGAAAACAUCAGAACCUACGGUGGCUUCCAGUGUGAAGCCGCUGCUGCCCCAAUGA